CAAAGAAGACUUCCUGAAGAAAUGGGAGAACCCCUCCCAGAACACGGCCAGUUUGGAUCAGUUUGAGCGAAUCAAGACCCUGGGCACAGGCUCAUUUGGGAGAGUGAUGCUGGUGAAGCACAAGGAGACCGGGAAUCCCUAUGCCAUGAAGAUCCUGGAGAAACAGAAGGUAGUGAAGCUCAAACAAAUUGAGCACACCCUCAACGAGAAACGGAUCCUCCAGGCCGUCAACUUUCCAUUACUCAUCAAACUAGAGUAUUCUUUCAAGGAUAACUCCAAUCUGUACAUGGUGAUGGAAUACAUCCCGGGCGGGGAGAUGUUCUCUCACCUACGGCGGAUCGGGAGGUUCAGUGAACCUCACGCCCGGCUCUACGUUGCUCAGAUCGUCCUGACCUUUGAGUAUCUGCACUCGCUGGAUCUCAUCUACCCAGACCUGAAGCCAGAGAAUCUCUUGAUAGACCAGCAGGGCUACAUAGAGGUAACAGAUUUUGGUUUUGCCAAACGGGUGAAAGGCCGAACCUGGACUCUGUGUGGGACCCCGGAAUACCUGGCCCCCGAGAUCAUCCUCAGCAAGGGUUAUAACAAGGCUGUGGACUGGUGGGCCCUGGGCGUCCUCAUCUACGAGAUGGCGGCUGGUUACCCCCCGUUCUUCGCAGACCAGCCCAUUCAGAUCUACAAGAAGAUUGUUUCUGGCAAGUGAUGAUAACCAAGGCUG